AUGUACACAAAACAUAUCGCCUUUUUAAUAGUAGUGAUUUUAGCUGGUGUUCUUGGCAUUUAUCCAUAUUUUGACACACAGGAUUUUAUAUACAAUGUGCCGAAAGUGUAUAGAAUAUCCAUAACAUUGGAUAAGUUAUUAAAGUAUUAUGAGAAGAAACCGUCGAAAGAUCCUGAAUGGUACAUCGCUUUGGGGAUAGCCAGAGGGCAAUUAGAAUACACGAUAAACGAACUGGAUAAAUCAGUGCCAGCAAAGCUUAAAGAGAAUUUACAAAACAUCACCAGAGCCAUGGACCGCAUCAGGAACAAAACUGAUUUCUCAACCUUGGUUUAUCGCAGUAAAGAUUACGAAUAUGGUUUGUACGAAUUGUUUCGUUGUAUUUUAAUUAACACAAAUGGUGUAGUAGGCUUAGCAUAUAGAAUAAUAUUUGCAUAA